AUGGAGGCUGCGUCGGUGCCUGACGGGCAGUACACGGCCGUCGUCUACAGGCUGAUCGGCGACGGGCGAUGCGGCGAGGCGGUGUCAUUGCUGAGCCGCGAGCUGCAGAAGAGCUGCCGCUCCCGGGGCGGCCUCUCCCUGCUGGGCUACUGCUACUAUCAGCUGCAGGACUUCGCUGCGGCCGCCGAGUGCUACGAGCAGCUGGUGGCGCUGCACCCCGAGCUGGACGCAUACCGGCUCUACCAGGCGCAGGCCCUUUACAAGGCCGGGCUCUACGCAGAGGCCCUGCGGGCUGCGAGCCCGCUGCUGGAUGUCCCCGCCUACCAGGGCCGGGCCCUGCGCCUCCAGGCCGCUAUCCACUAUGCCCAAGGCGAGCUAUCGGCGGCUAAGAGCCUAGUAGAGGAGGUGCUCAGGGCUGCUGCAGACGGCAGCCCCGGGGGAGCCGAGGACCCCUCGGAGCAGGCUGACGCCGAGAUCAACCUGGGUUGCGUGCUGUACCGGCAGGGGCGGCACGAAGAGGCCAGUGCCAAGUUUGCCAGCGCCAUGCAAGUGUUGGGUUACUGGCCUGAGCUCUCCUACAACAUGGCACUGUGUUGCUAUGCGGCCAAGCAGUAUGACUCUGCCCUCAAACACAUCUCUGAUAUCAUAAAGCGUGGCAUCCACCAGCACCCAGAGCUCAGCGUGGGCGUGACCACUGAGGGCAUUGAUGUCCGCAGUGUAGGCAACACUCUGCUGCUGCACCGCACAGCCCUGGUGGAGGCCUUCAACCUCAAGGCAGCCAUUGAGUACCAACUCCACAACCUGAAAGCAGCCCAAGAGGCACUCACAGAUAUGCCACCACGGGCUGAAGAGGAGCUGGAUCCAGUCACGCUGCACAAUCAAGCACUAAUGAACAUGGACAGCCAGCCCACUGAAGGGUUUGAGAAAUUACAGUUUCUUCUGCUGCAGAACCCCUGUCCACCAGAGACAUUUGGAAACUUGCUGCUUCUCUAUUGCAAGCAUCAGUACUAUGACCUAGCAGCUGAUGUGCUAGCAGAGAAUGCCCAUUUGACCUACAAACUGCUCACACCUUACAUGUACAACUUCUUGGAUGCCAUUAUUACUUGUCAAACUGCCCCUGAGGAGGCUUUCCACAAGCUAGAUGAUUCAGCAAGGACACUGACUGAGCAGCUGAGAAAACUCUCAAAGCAGGUGCAGGAAGCGAGGCAAAAUUGGGAUGACGAAGCUGUAAAAAAGGCAGUUAAUGAGUAUGAUGAGACUCUGGAUAAAUAUAUGCCUGUUUUGAUGGCUCAGGCAAAGAUCUACUGGGACAUGAAGAACUACACAAUGGUAGAAAAGAUUUUCCGCAAAUCAGUGGAGUUCUGUAAGGAACAUGAGGUGUGGAAGCUCAAUGUGGCUCAUGUUCUCUUCAUGCAGGAGAACAAGUAUAAAGAGGCUAUUGGCCUCUAUGAGCCAAUAGUUAAAAAGCACUAUGACAACAUUCUCAAUGUGAGUGCCAUUGUGUUAGCUAACCUCUGUGUUUCCUACAUUGUGACAAGCCAGAAUGAAGAUGCAGAGGAACUGAUGCGGAGAAUUGAGAAGGGAGAAGAGAAACUGGCCUGCGAUAAUCCUGACAAAAAUAUCUACCAUCUCUGCAUUGUCAAUCUAGUCAUUGGUACCCUCUACUGUGUGAAGGGAAACUAUGAGUUUGGUAUUUCAAGGGUCAUAAAAAGCCUAGAGCCAUACAACAAAAAACUGAGCACUGAUACGUGGUAUUACGCCAAACGGUGUUUCCUGUCCUUGCUUGAGAACAUGUCCAAGCACAUGGUCAUGCUACGUGACAGUGUUAUUCAAGAAUGCAUUCAGUUUCUGAAGCAGUGUGAGCUGUAUGGAAGAAACAUCCCAGCUGUCAUUGAGCAACCUCUUGAAGAGAAGAGGAUACACAGUGGGAAAAAUACAGUUACCUAUGAAGCCAGGCUUUUGAGAGCACUGAUGUAUAAGAUCAUUGGGUGGACUGUGUAA